GGCUAAAGCAGUCACAGGUGCUAAAUCGGGACAUGUGUUACUGGUCACCCAUGAGGUGACGCUUGAGGACAAAAUCUCGAUGAGAGAUGUGAUUUUGAUGCAAGAAGCUGUUCCUGCUGUUGAGAAACAGCUUUGGAUUGAAAGAGGUGCGAGUCAAGAGGCCUCAGGACUUUGGAGAAAUCAUGAAGGCCUGAUGGUAGCACCUCCUGAUUUACUAGGUCUCUUGAUACAGGAAGCACAUGGCCAGGCCCAUGUUGCUAGGGGGGAAGUAAGGAGAAAACUCACAAGUGAGUAUGGCUUUUGGGCACCAAAUUUGCUACAGCAAAUUGAUCAUGUCAUUGGUAAAUGUGUGAUUUGUCUAAAAAACAAUGUCAGGAGAGGAAUAUUGAUUCCUCCUGGACAUGUUCCGACUCCAAAAGGACCGCCUUUAUCUUUGUUGGAAGAUGAAAUGAAAACUUAUGUAAAGUACCUAGCUGCUUUGCACAACGACAUUUGUACAUAUGUCAGAAAUAGACCAGAACAGGAAGCACCUGUUGAACAAAAGAGUGAUGUUUUGAAGCCAGGGGACAAAGUGUUUGUCAAAGUUUUCAGGAGAAAAUGGUUUAAUGAGCGUCGUGAGGGACCAUAUGAAGUGGUUCGUAAUACAGGAACGGCUGUACAAGUCAAAGGUUCUCCUACGUGGUAUCAUCCAUCUCAUUGUGUCAAAGCACCGACAGAGGACACACCUUGUCUCAAGGUACUAGGACCCGAGGACUCUGUAGGACAGAAGAACGGAAAAGAUCAGCUUCCAGAUGGAGUUAACAAUGACUCUGACAUUCUUGCUGCUGAUGGGAUUGACAUCAAUGACACUGGAAACGACAAUGCAGAAAAUGAACAAGAAAGAAGAUUUGACAACAUUGACCUACAACAUGCCCCAGGGACAACAGAGAGUCCCUCGCCGGAACUUAAGCCAACUGAGAGGCAGAAGAGCACCAGUAACACCCAGAGAAAAUCGAGAAGAACAGUCAUACCAGGCAGACCAAGGCCCAGUCGCCAGAGGAUCAAGCCAAAGCGGUAUCAGGGUUGGUGUUGUGGUGCCGGGAGGUCAAGCUCAGAUGCCAUUACUUAAUGGUGACAUGUCGGAUAAUGAGGUUGAUGAAAUGGAUGAAACUCAGGAGGUUCUGGAAUUGUAUCCAUAUUAAAUUGUUUGUUUAGGUGACACUUUGGGGGUUCUGUAUUUGUAGGAAUGAGUGCCAUUUUAUUUUGAUAUGAAGUUUUCGCAUGUUUUUCUUAGUCUAAGGAGGUUAGAAAUGUGUUUUUGUUUGGACUUUUAUUUGAAAGGUAAGUGAAUUGUAUUAUCGGUAGUUAGUCUGACUUUUGUUUGUUAUUUUGGCAAUUAAGCUCAUUCUGAAGAGAAAAAGAAAAAAAAGAAA